UCUGCCCCUUUCCCCCCGAGCCCCAACCCGGGACCCCCAACCCAUUGGGGCAGUGGGGCUCUGAGCUCAAAAGGGUCUGGGGGGUCCCAGAGCCCCCAGUGCUGCUCCACCCCACUCUCUCCAUCCCACUCCGGUCCCAUCAGUUUGGUCCCGUUUCCCUUUGGGUCCAUCCCCAUUCCUGCCCAUUUCUGAGCACCGCUCUCCGUUUGGUGCCAUUUCUGUCACUUCUGGUCAUCUUUGCCCAUGGGGACACUGGGGCCACUGGGGGAACUGAGGGCAUGGAGGCAUGGGGUGUGGAACUGGGAAUGCAGGGCAGUGCUAUGGGGCAGCACUAUGGGGCAGUGCAGCAGGACAGCUAUGGGGCAGUGCUAUGGGGCAGCUGUGGGGCAGAGUUAUGGAGCAGACCCAUUUGGCUUUUGCCCUUUUUUGGCUCUCUCGGCCCUUCCCCGCCCCCUCUCCCCACUUCCGCCCCCCACGGCCACGCGUGGGCUGUGGGUGUGGGGCAGCCCCCUCUAUUCCCCGCCAUGGGGCUGUGGGUGCUGCUGCUGCUCGGCGCAGCUCUGCCCCACAGCUGCAGCUCUGCCCUCGACGUGGACUCUGCUGUGGCCUUUGAGGGUCCUGGUUCCUUCGGCCUCAGUGUGGCACAGAGCGAUGAUGGGGUGCUGGUUGGGGCUCCCCUGGACUUGGGGGGCCGAGGCCGUGUCUAUCGAUGCCGCGUGGGGGAGAAGAGUUGCAGGGAUGCAGACGUUGGUGACCCCCCGGAUAUGGGUCCCACGGCACUGGGAAUGUCCAUGGCUGCCAACGGAUCCCAGCUCCUGGCCUGUGGCCCCAUGGCGCAGCGGACGUGUGGGGAGAAUGCGGAGGUUCCAGGAUUCUGCUUCCUCCUCUUCUCGGGCCGCUCCCUAACGACCACCCCAAGAGCUUGCCCCACAUCGGCCUCCGACAUCGUGUUCCUGAUGGACGGCUCUGGCAGCGUGGCACGGUUUGACUUCAACCGGAUGAAGAUAUUUGUCAUCGAAAUCAUCAAACGCUUCCGUGGGACCAACACCCGCGUGCGUGACACACGGUGCUAUGGGGCUGCCCCACAGCGGGGCCUUAGCCGAUGGCCUGCCUCUAUGGCUGCCCCACAGAAUCUAUGGGGCGCUCCAUAGAAUCCACGCAUUACCCGAGUGAAUCUCUGGGGCGCCCCAUGGAACGUAUUGUAUCAGUGCCCCACACAAUCUAUGGGGCACCCAGACUCAACUCGGAGCUGCCCGACAUCACUUGUGGGGCAUCCCGCUGAAUUUGGAGCUGCCCCAUAGAAUUUAUGGGUGUCCCACUGAAUCUAUGGUUGCCCCACAUAAUAUAUGGGGCACCUGGUGUAAUGUGUGGGGCUCUGUAGGGCCUUAUGGAGUGCUGUGGGGCCCUAUGGGGCUCUGGGUUUCUGUGGGAUGCUGUGAGACUGCGGGGUUCUGUGGAGCUCUGUGGGGCACUACUGGAUGCUGAGGGAUGCUGUGGAGCUCUGUGUGGUCUGUGGGGCUCUGUGGGCUCUAUGUUGGGCUGUAGGGCUCUGUGGGGCUGUGUGGGGACUCAGUGGGGC